AUGAGACACACGAAAACACAUACUGGAGAUAAAACUUAUAAAUGUAAAGAAUGCGGUAAAAAGUUAAGUCAAGUCAGUAAUGUAAAAAAGGGCAGCAAAAUAUAUUCAGGUUAUACACCUCAUGAAUGUAAUGUAUGUGAUGAAGUGUUCAGUAAGCGUGGUAAUUUACAGAAUCACACAAGAACACAUACUGGCGAUAAGCCUCGUAAGUGUGAAGUAUGUGGUAAAGGGUUUAGUCAGCGUGGUAGUUUACAGAAUCACACGAGAACACAUACUGGAGAUAAGCCUCAUAAGUGUGAAGUAUGUGGUAAAGGGUUUAGUCAGCGUGGUAGUUUACAGAAUCACACGAGAACACAUACUGGAGAUAAGCCUCAUAAGUGUGAAGUAUGUGGUAAAAGGGUUUAG